AUGUCGUGGUCCCCUUUGGGCCGUCCGAUUCGUGUCGGCCUUUUCGAGCACGACCCCGAUGCGUUCAACUGUUUCCGUCGAAUGCCGAAGAAGACGUGCGCCAAGCCCGGAGCCGAGAUGGAAAUCAUUUCGAUGGUUAUGACGCUUCUCGAUUGGCAGUGGGAAGUCGUGAGUUCCGAACGGAAUAUCAGUAAUGGCGGAACAUUUCAGAUAGACACAGAACGAGAAUUCGACGUCAUCAAUGAUUUUGGCAACCUUCAACCGGACGGCAACUUUUCCGGAAUAAUGGGUCUCCUGGCAAAGGACCAGAUAGACAUGAGCGGUCUCUCGAUGCGAAUCACUCCGGAUCGCAUGAACUUUGCCCAUUUCACGUUCCCAAUCCGGUACUUUCAACAGGUUUACAUAAUCAAACGACCGCCGGAAAAUGACUUCCGUAACUUUGUGUUCGCCCCAUUCACAACCGACAUGUGGCUCCUCCUCCUGGCAACUAUUAUGGGCGUCUCGACAGUGAGAUUCGCAUGUGCUUUGUACUGGGACAGUCGAGUUGGAUCCAAGUUUAACAUUUAUACAAGCAGCGUUUUGGAAACGUUCGGAUUGAUGCUGAAGCAGAGAGUGCAGGACCCGACGGUGGUUUCCACAAUGUUUUUGGAGGGAUUCUUGAUUGUUGCGAUGAUGAGCAUUGCCCAGUACUACCAGACUUCCAUGAACUCCCGUUUGACUGCUCCUCCCUCCUCACGCAUUCCAUUUCUCCACCAGAAUCAACUGAUCGAGUUGCUACUGAACAAAGAAACCUAUCUAACCUAUUACUUCAAUUUAACUCUGGAAGGAUCCACGGAAAAGAACGAGAGGAACAUCGAAAGGGCAAUGGCCAUAAAUCCGAUUGUUGUGAGGGCAAAAGAAGUUGAUUUAAUCAAGGAAAUACAGUAAGUAUGGGCGAUAUUUCGUCUGUUAAAUUGUUCAAUUUUUCCAGAAAAGGAGGUGUAUUCUACUCGCAGUAUGACAUUGAAUUUCUUCCCCAAGCAGUGAGUGUUUGGGACAAAAGACAAGGACUGACGGUCAUCCGGGACACCACUGGAAUUCUGAGUUACGUGGCAUUCGGAUUCAGUAUCAGCAACCGAAAACUCUGUCAAAUGUACGUGUACGACGAUGACAAAAGUAAUCUAGAGUUAAACGCAGGUUCAACAAAGCGCUUCUCAAAAUUCUGCCCGGAAUAGCGAGCAUCACAUUGGGACCGGGCUACGGGACGAAAAAGCAGGCAGAAGACAUCACGGUGCAAGUGAAAAAGACAAGGCUCAGUCUGAAGAAGCACCUGGAGCAACUGUUCUACAUCUAUUUGAUCGGUUGUGGCAUCUCAAUCCUCUUGUUCGCCGCCGAAAGAGUAUUCUAUGGAGUGAAAGUGCUCAAGAGACAGAAGAUGUACCAGGUGAACAGACAGGAAUCAGACGUCACCCCCGAUUGCACAUUCACUCCGCUUCCUUAUUAG